GGCCUCUUUAUGUGUGUGUGGGACUGCUCCUUUUCAUGCUAUUUUUUUUCUUCCUGUUUUUUCCCUUUUUGCCCUCUCCAAACCAAAAGAUUUCCUCUGCCUUCUUCUGCCAUAUUUUCUCCUUCCUCAUCAGCUCCAUAAAUCAUAACUUGAUCUGAAAAAUGUGUCUGUGAGAAUGCAAAGCAGCAGGAUCAUCUCAGAAACAGAAGAAGAAGAAAUUAGUGGUAUUAUGGAAGUGCAACAUCAGCAUGAAAUAGUGGUGGAUUUGGAGUUCUGGCCAUUGCAGCACCCCAUGCAGCCUGAUGAUGAAGAUCGCCCUGUCAUUUGCCCAAUGCCCCACUCUUCUCUUGUUCAUGAAGGAACAAUGCACAACGGCAAAAGGACAGCAGAAAGCUGGAGGAAAAGAACAGAAGUGUCAAGAGAAGUAAAGGUGGCGGAGACGACGGUGAGGGUGGCGCGGAAGCGACACCACCACACGCUCAGCCGCCCGGACCACCAGACGGCCGGAAUGUCGCGGCUCCCUCCGCUGCCAACCGCUCAGAACUUCACCAUCUUCCAAAUGCUUCAGCAGCUGGACAAAUUUGAGUCUUGACACAAAUCAAAGGUUAUAAUUAUAUAUUUGAUCAAUGAGAGAUAAUGCAAAUAUAUAUAUAUAUAUAUAUAUAUUUGUUCAAUGUGUUUAGUUUUUUUUUUGUUGAUAUGAAAGUGUGUGAAGUAGAAGAGAAAAGAAAGCAUUUUGGUAAAGUUAAAGUUGUGGUCUUGUGGACUCCAAAUUGGCUUUGGGUAUGAAAAAGGAAAAAAAGUAAAUUUACUAAGUAAUGGAAGGGAUGGGAUUGAUGUGACUUGGGGAGA